AUGUCAUCAAAUCCAAUUUCUCCAAUUCCACGCAAAAUAUCAAAGGAAAAAGUGGUGAAUUUUUCAGACUUUAGAGAAGGUGGAAGGGUUAGGUGCAAAGUUGAGAUGACAAGUCCGAUCUUUGUGAUUUCUUUAAUGGCAUCGGUGUUCAAGUGCUCUAUCAUCAACUCCAACAAGCUUGACAUAGGGAAGGAGGAGGGGAUGAGGUUGGCUGGCGAAGAGGAGGGAGAGGCAAAUGUCGUCGGUCAGAUUGAUGUUAUAUUGGGGUAA